AUAAAAGGGGCUGAGGCGCCGACCGCGCAGCAGAGAGCUGCUGGGAGAGGCAGCAGCUGGGUUGGAGGUGCUGGGGACGGACACCGCUAUUAAGAGAGCCUCCGAGAUGAAGUCGCACAACGGCAGGAAUGCAGAGAGAUCGCGGGCCGAAGACGAAGAUCUGAGCGCCGUGCUGUGCGAAUUUGACGCGGUGAUCGAAGACUUCGCCUCCCCGCUCAACAAGAGACACUUCAGAUAUGAUGAGCAUCUGAGGUGUAUGAAAAGGAGAAGCAGCACAAGCGUCAGCGACUCUGGCGUUAGUGAUUCAGACAGUACAGAUUCACUUCGGAGAAACAGUUUCGGCUUCAGUGACGAGAAGCUCGAGAAUUCCACAGUUUCUUCUUCCAGAGCAAAACUUGGAGAUACAAAGGAACUGGAAGACUAUAUUGCAGAUUUGAACAGAACAUUAGAAAGUAUGUGAAGGGAAGAAAAGAUGAGCUUGGUCCUUGGCCCCGUUUCAACACUUGAAAAAGAAUGUCUGCAAGGAACUGUUCAACCUGGCAAUGUUUUUCAAUGAUGUUUGCACCUUGGAAUAGUUGCCAGCUCUUGCGAUCAGUAAAUGCAUUUCAAAACUGUUUCUGUUGUAGAUAUAUUUUAAUAAUUGUGUGCUAUAUUUUUAAAUCUAAUUAGAACAGUGGAUAUACUAUAAAGCUAGCACAGUGUGCCUUUGUAUAAUGAAUAUUGGGUGGGGGGAUUCUGAUUUGAGGACUUGAAGCAGUGCUGUUUGGGAGGGGAUGAAGGGAAAAGUAAUUGGGAAGGGGGUUAAAUGAGGCCAGUUGAAACAGGAAUGUUUCCAUUUCAGUGAUUCUCUUGGCCUGUUUUCCAUCAGUUUAGCCCACAAUGGUGCUGGCUGCCUUGUGGCCAAUCCCUCUUGGGAGAGGAGACCUCAAUGAAGGUACAAGGCCCUGCCACUUAUAAAUGAUCUGUACACUUUUCCCACUGAUUGGGUCUUAAUCAGUUUCUAUUACUAAUAAUCAUUUCACAUUGAAAUAUUUUGUAAAUUAAAACAUUGAAGUCAAAUCUUUUGCUAGCUCAAACUAGUUCAUGAUCAGAGUGUACUGCUGCAAAGUGAAAGUGUUUUACAAGACUUCAUCUAUGUUACCCUUUGCUGAUUUUUCCUGUACUGAAUUUUAAAUAAACAUGUAUUUUUGAAAGUUG